AUGAACAAAUCCUUACUUAAUAGACAUAUUAAUUCCAGAGCUAGUUACUUGUCUCCUGCGGAUUACAAAGACAUCAUGCAGUAUCGAGAUAUGAAGUCUAAACCUUUAGCUCAGCUAAGUAAAAAAUAUAAAAUAUCAAAUAGUCGUUUAUAUCAAAUUUGGAGAGAACAAGAGUUUAAUAGAAUUCAAUGGAAUGGUUUAGCAGUUACUCCAAGCACGAAU